GCGGGGCGGCGGGGGGGGGGCGGGGCUUCCUGCCGGGCCGCCGCCAUAUUGGGCAGCGCUGGGGCCGGCGCCGUGACGGGAGGAGGCGGAGCGGGGCCGGGCGGGCAGCGAGACUAAUUACUGAUUGGGCUUCAUGAACAUAAAUUCCUGAGGCUGCUGAACUCCCCAACCCCCAUCCGUUCCACCAUGGACCAGGAUUAUGAGAGACGUCUCCUACGCCAAAUCAACAUCCAGAAUGAAAACACGAUGCCUUGUGUAGCAGAGAUGAGAAGAACCCUGACGCCUUCCAAUUCUCCGAUGUCUUCUCCGAGUAAGCACGGAGACAGAUUCAUUCCCUCAAGAGCUGGGGCCAACUGGAGCAUCAACUUCCACAGAAUAAAUGAAAAUGAAAAAUCACCAAGUCAAAACAGAAAAGCAAAGGAUGCUACAUCAGACAAUGGCAAAGAUGGCCUUGCUUACUCCGCCCUGCUGAAGAAUGAACUCUUAGGAGCAGGGAUCGAGAAAGUGCAGGACCCACAGACAGAAGACAGGAGGUUGCAGCCAUCCACUCCAGAGAAGAAGUCCCUCUUCACUUAUUCACUCAGCACAAAACGUUCCAGUCCAGAUGAUGGUAACGAGGUCUCGCCGUAUUCCUUGUCUCCUGUCAGCAACAAAAGUCAGAAGCUGCUACGAUCACCCCGAAAACCAACUCGGAAAAUCUCAAAGAUUCCUUUCAAAGUGCUGGAUGCCCCAGAACUGCAGGAUGACUUCUACCUGAACCUGGUGGACUGGUCCUCUCUCAACGUCCUCAGCGUUGGCCUUGGCACAUGUGUUUACCUGUGGAGUGCUUGUACGAGCCAGGUAACCCGACUGUGCGAUCUGUCUGUGGAAGGAGAUUCUGUAACGUCUGUGGGCUGGUCAGAACGGGGGAACUUGGUAGCCGUUGGCACGCACAAGGGCUUUGUACAGAUCUGGGAUGCAGCUGCAGGAAAAAAGCUCUCCAUGCUAGAGGGGCACACGGCCAGAGUUGGUGCCUUGGCGUGGAACGCGGACCAGCUGUCUUCUGGGAGCCGAGACAGAAUGAUCCUUCAGAGGGACAUCCGCACCCCGCCCCUGCAGUCAGAGCGGCGGCUCCAGGGCCACAGGCAGGAGGUCUGUGGGCUCAAAUGGUCUACGGACCACCAGCUCCUGGCCUCUGGGGGAAAUGAUAACAAGCUCCUUGUCUGGAAUCACUCCAGCCUGAGUCCUGUCCAACAAUACACAGAGCAUCUCGCAGCAGUAAAAGCCAUCGCCUGGUCUCCGCACCAGCACGGCCUCCUCGCCUCUGGCGGCGGGACAGCCGACCGCUGCAUCCGCUUCUGGAACACGCUGACGGGGCAGCCCCUGCAGUGCAUUGACACCGGGUCACAGGUGUGCAACCUGGCCUGGUCAAAGCACGCCAACGAGCUAGUGAGUACCCAUGGAUACUCGCAGAACCAGAUCCUCGUCUGGAAAUACCCCUCAUUAACUCAAGUAGCAAAGCUGACAGGGCACUCGUACAGAGUCUUAUAUCUGGCAAUGUCCCCUGAUGGGGAGGCCAUAGUUACCGGAGCUGGAGAUGAAACCUUGCGGUUCUGGAACGUCUUCAGUAAAACUCGCUCGACAAAGGAGUCUGUAUCCGUUCUCAACCUCUUCACCAGGAUACGGUAAACCCCACGUACUGCAAUCCAAGAGACUACAGCCUGCCGUACCAGGAUCAAACCACUACCUUGGUGUGCAUGGAACCCCAAACGAUCAGCCAGAAGGGGAGGGAGUGCCAGUGGGACUGGAGGAUGGACCCAACAGAUGCUAAUUAAAUAUGUGCUUGUGAACCACGCCGGGCAGUAUUUGGGAUGGGGUUGGGGAGGGGAGGGAACUGCCAAAGGUUUAUGGAUUCGUCCUUCGGAAAGGGGAACGCGUACGAGAGCAAUGCUGAACCAGCACCCUCCAACCCUCACUCUGUACUGGAGAAAAUCUGUUUACGUGGACCACCGAGACCGGACCAAGGCCAUCCCAACUGCUGUGUUGUCUGCUCUUAGGAGAGACGAGAGCAUCCUCGCCUCUGUGGGAAGGGGCUUCACGUGCUGCUGCGGGUCCCUCUAACCUAGGAUGGACAUUUUGGAGGUAGGAGCCAGCCAGGCUUGUUCAAUGCAACUGGGGCGUGGGGACCAGGCUCUAGGCGGGGCGUUAGCCUCUCUGAUAUCUAAGGGCAUUGUUUAGAGCCUGGGAUCCCCAUUACAUGAAAAAAAAAUGGAGAACUGCUUAUUUUUUUCCAGAUAAAGCAGGUACUGCGGUACUUGCCGUUCUUGCAAGACAGCUUGAUUUUUGGCAUGCUUACCAGCUGCCUUCAAACAUGCAUCUUGGGGCUCUGAACUUUAGAGGAGACUUUAAAGAGGCUCCACCUCGGAGGGAAUGCGUUCAAAGAAAUUUAAAAUUGCUAUUGCAUGUUUUAUGCUGAUUCUUUUAGUUAACACCGAGGGAAAACAAUGGCUUUAAAAAACAAAACAAAGAAACAACAAACAUGCAUGUGGAGCUUCCCACAGUGCCCUUUGUGGCGGCUGGUUGCUCUGGAGUCUUCUUGAGGACAAAAGCAGUUGAGAUGUGCUUGAGAAACAAAACAACUCCUGUGGAUCUUUUUCAGAGAGAGCAUGGCCUCUUCUGGCUGGAAGGGGGGAAACACCGCGUCUGGGCAAGUGGGGUUUCUUUUUCUAAGGCAAGGAAGAAGCGUUGCUUUUUUUUUUUUUUUUUAUCUCCAAGUCAAUGCCAGGGACCUGUUUUUUUGUUGUGUUUUUUUUUUUUUUUUAAGUUGUAUGGGAAGAGUGCCUGCUUGUGUGUUUGGAGCCUGUGUGAUGAGUGCCGUGGGAUGUGAUGCAAAGCACUUGUGUGUAUGUGUUGCUUUUAAUUUAAGGAGAAGCUGUUACGCUUGCAGCAGCCUGUUCCUGUCUUACCUUGUACAUGUGCCAAUGCUUCCUGCUGUGCACCUGGCUCCUGCCUGCCUCGUGCCCUCUCUCGUGCCCUGGGAUGUGCGUGCUGUUUCCUGUUCUCACUUGGGUUUUCCCGGCUGUGUAUAUAGACCUUGCCCUGUUCUCUGUAGUGUAUAGGCAGUACUUUCGUUUUCCCUGAAUCCAGACUCUAGGGGUAGCGGUAGGGGAACGCCUGCCCCUCCCCAGUGCCACCAGUACCCUUGGGGUGAGCGGAUGAGGCAGAGGGAGGCUGGUACAGCAGGGAGGUGCAGCUCUGCUCACUGCAGCCUUCACCACGUGUGCCAGUGCCCGGAUCAGGCUCACCCAUGCCUCGUGCUACCUCCACACGUCACAGGUACCCAGGGGCUUGGCUCCCACCGGCACCGACCCUCCAAAGCCACCAUCGCAUCCGACUGCCUCACCUGCCCCCCAAAAUGUAAUUUCUGUGUAAUUUCUCAGCACGACUACAUGGUGGUUCUCGCAGCAGGAGCGUGGGGCUUGGUUUUCAAACCUGUCUGCUGGCCUCCUGCUGCCUUUCCUGCUGCUUGUUGUACGUUCACUGGCACUGUUCAAUGUCACGGUGUGGAGGGCCCACUGCAGAUCACCGAGGAGCUGUUACUGAAGUCAGGUCACUAAUAAGCUGGCAAGUGGCUCGAGGCCACCUGCAGCAGGACGUGGAUGUCACGGGUGUCUGUGGGUUGUCACCUGGGGAGCAGCUGCACCUGGGGAUGGGGCUGUUGGGGCUGCGGAUCCUCCGGGAGGCAAUCAGCGAUGGGGUGGGGGCAUCGGAGAGGUGUCAGAGCUGGGAGGGCUCACUGGUUUGUGCCCGGGGGUGGCACUGGGUGAGCAUGGGGCUUUCUGGGGGCUCCCACACUGCUGCUGGUGGUCACUGCAUGGUGUCAGUGUCCCCCCCCUGGGGAGGGGGCAGUGUGCUCAGCACACACAGCCCUUGGGCCACCGCUGCUGCUCGUUGCUGCCUGUGCUCCUGCUUCCAGCCGUGCCCCUCUGCUCCCAACCUGCGCCUCUUGCUCUGCCUGGUGUGCGUGAGGGGUGCUGGUGGCUUUGUGCGUGACACCGGCGGCUGGCUGGGGCGUGCUGAGGGUGUCCCGUGGGCAAAAGAGCAGAGCCUGCGUGCUUGUGCUGUGUGUGUGUGGGAUCUGCAAGUGCUGAGCUGCGCGGGCGGGCUGAGCCGAGGGGUCCUCCCCGAGUCUGCGACCUUGUGGCGUUGUUGUGUAUAAAGCAUCACAUGGUGGAAAAAAAAUAUAGAGCGUUGUAACUUUUCCAUGUAAAGCGUUCGAACUGGCAUUAAACACAUCGUGAAUUUA